CUUUUAAUGUUUUUAAUGUUCAUUAUUUACAUGUUUUUCUUAAAUUGUCAUCAAUCCUUAGCAGUGUUAAAAGUACCAGACUCAAUUUGCAAUCUUUCAUUAAGUAGUACAGAUAGACUUGAUUUUAUUAAAAAAAUUGGAGUUUGUUUGCUUAAAUCUCCAAAUCGUUUAAAUUUUAGGAAAUCUCAACAAUAUUGUAGAAUGAAGAAAAUGAUUCUAAUGUUACCCAUUCACCCUAUGAUUUAUAAUCAUAAAUUCAUAAAAGAAGAGAAGAAACAAUGGAUUUCCCUAUUGCCUAUUGAUAUUCAAAAUCUAACGCUUGGUUGGAAAUUAAACUCUCUUUAUAAUGAUAUUAUCGUUAAAGGUGUCAAUAGGUCAUCAAACUCAGAUCGUGUUGUUUUAUAUGAUCCAAAUAAGAGUCAAUUAGAGGAGGAAAAUAUUUAUAGGAAUCUACCAUUCACUUGUAUAAAAACUGUAUUCGGUUGGUGGACUGCUUGGUCGCAUUGGAGUUCUUGUACUCAUACUUGCAAUGGUGGAUUGCAAACGCGGAGGAGGUCGUGUAAGAACUUUGAAACUGGAUACUACUGUGUUGGGUGGCCUAUAGAUCUCCAAGGUUGUAUGACCGUUCGUUGCCCUGAAACUCUGAACGACUUUCAUUCUGUUGGUGUUUGGAGCAAUUGGCAAAAUUGGUUGUCAUGUUCUAAAGUUUGUGGUUUUGGUAGUAAGCAGCGGAAAAGGGUUUGCUCUAGCCUCGUACCCUGUCUAGGGUCAGAUAGCGAAUGGGAACCGUGCCAUUUGAAAACAUGUCCAAUUCACGGCCAAUGGGUCAGAUGGGAAGAUUGGACAAAAUGCGGAUUGUUUCAAUGUAGCAUUUCAUCUAAUCUGGGGAGAAAGUGGCGGUCGCGAAAGUGCACUUCCCCCAGACCUCGCUAUGGGGGUUUGACCUGUUCGGGUGAGGCAGUUGAAACAGCCGAAUGUGGCGAAUGGGAAUGCCAGAAGUAUUUAGUAACUGCCAGUGGUGGGUGCGAAAUAUCAUGUCGUUUAUGACCAGAUAAUGGUUAAAUUUACUAUAUACAGCGCCACCCUUGGGACAAACGGCAGAACCAGGUAGAGAAGUAAUUCCAUCAGGAUUUAUAAACAAAUAUCUUGGUGAAAUUCUUAUCGGAAUCUUAUCAAGUCUAAUCCUUUUAUUUACUCUAAUUGACGUCUAUUUAUGGGUAUAUUGGCGUCGUACUAAGGAACCUUGGCAGGUCGGUCUGGUAGAGAGCAUGCUUACGAAGAAAAGGCGAGCCUAUCAGACGGUCAAUCAAAGGUGACGAAAAGAGGCCUAUAUGAUACGAGAUGAUAGAGAAAAUCUUAUUUUUCUAAUUUAUGUUUAAACGGGUGAAGAAUAUAAAGAAUUAUUGGUUUUUAAACAGUCUUUUUUGUGUUUUUGUCCUCUUUUGACAUAUUGAUAUGGAAGAGAAACUGAAGUAAUAUAAGAAUAGAUAUAUAGAUAAAUAGAUGGAGAGAUUGAAAGAAUUU